UUUGUUAGACAUUGUGAGGGCCAAAGCUAUUUAAAUUUUUAAAGCGGUUUUAAAUCUAAUCAUAAGAACUCUGACUAUAUAUUUCAGUAGAUAGGCAGACAAAUCCUUUUAAAUGGUUCAACUCAUUAAUUGCUUAUUACCAACCAAAAUGGAUUAGACAAAGUGUGACGUAAAAAGCGAAAACAUUUUACAAACAACUCGAGUAUUCCGCGGAUGCCUAAAGAAAAAGGCGAAAGCCAAAAGAGCGACCAAAAUAAAAGCACAAAUAAAAAUAGAAGACUUUUGUUAAAGCGAAAUGAAAAGAUAUAGAACCAAAAUCGAGGAGAAAAUAGAUUUAAGAUUUUUAGAAGAGUUUUGCGAUUUAGUCGACUUUAGUGAAUCGCGGCGAUCACACGUCCAAAACAUUGUCUGGUUGUAUCGCCAACCAAAAUCGGCGCAUGGCAGAUAUACAUAGUUGUUUUGUUGUUGGUUGAAGAUAAUUAAUGAGGCGGUCCAAGAACAGAAGCAGAAGAAGAAGGCGUGUGCUCGUUCAAUUAAGAAAUAUUUACUGUAAAAAAUAAGCCAUAAAACCAUUAUUAACUUGCUUAUAUAAAAAACACAAAAACAAAACCAUCAUAUACAUAGUGCGACAAACACAGUGCUUAUAUAAUAGCUAAGGGUAAAGGGUCAAGUGCGGCUCUGCACAAGCCCUGAAGGAUACGCAAUGGACUCGGAAAAAGUAGUUCGCGCCAUGGCGCGGUGGUGGCAGACCGUUAGCCAAGAGGAUGCCGAUCCCACUGCACGCAAUCCAAUGCUCUACGAUCCACUGCAAGAUGGUGUUGUUAAGACAUCCAAGACGCGUCAAUAUCUGGCUGCUUUUAUUGUUUGCUUGGGGGCUGUAGCUGCCGGAACAGCUUUGGCCUGGACUAGCCCUGUCCUGCCUCAGAUCAGUGCACCUAGUAAUGGCAAUACCACAACGGCUAACAGCACUGUUGCGAAUGGCACUACAACCACACCAUCUGAUGUGGGCCUACAACUUACACCGGAACAGCAGACCUGGGUGAGCUCGUUGCUGGCCAUUGGCGCCUUCUUUGGUGCGUUGCCCACAGGCUACAUCGCAGAUGCAAUUGGACGACGCUACACUGCACUAGCCAUGGAUAUACCGUUUGUUUUGGCCUGGUUAUCGAUAAUAUUCGCAAAGUCGGCUGGAUGGCUUUACUUCGGACGUUUGUUGAUAGGCAUCUCAACUGGUAGCUUUUGUGUGGUGGCACCCAUGUAUAUUUCGGAAAUUGCAGAGACGAGUAUACGCGGUACUUUGGGAACUCUAUUUCAGUUACUGCUGACUUUUGGCAUUCUCCUCGUCUACCUGAUUGGUUCAGUGGUAUCGUGGAAAACUUUGAGCGUCCUGUGCCUAUUUGUUCCCAUUGCAUUGUUUAUCGGCAUGCUAAUAUUGCCCGAGACACCAGUCUACUUGCUGAAGAAGGGUCGCCGCGCAGACGCUGCUCUUUCACUGAAGUGGCUUUGGGGUCGUUUCUGUGAUUCACGCUCCGCCAUUCAAGUCAUACAAAACGAUCUGGACCAGGCAGGCACCGAUGCCUCGUUUCUUGACUUGUUCAGCAACCGUGCAGCGCGCAAUGGUCUCAUCAUCUCUAUGCUGCUGAUGUUUUUCCAGCAAUUCUCCGGUAUCAAUGCUGUUAUCUUCUACACUGUGCCCAUCUUCAAGUCUGCCGGCAGCACGCUCAAUCCCUCCAUAUGCUCAAUUAUUGUGGGAGCCGUGCAGGUCAUCAUGACCCUAACGGCUUCAUUGCUGAUUGAACGCGCCGGUAGAAAGAUAUUGCUCCUCUUCAGCAGUACUGUUAUGACCAUUUGCCUGGCUAUCCUGGGCGCAUACUUCGACAUGAAAGACAGUGGUAAGGAUGUGUCCGCUAUUGGCUGGCUCCCGCUUCUGUGCGUGGUUCUAUUCAUGAUCACCUUCUCGGUGGGCUACGGACCCAUACCAUGGUUGAUGAUGGGCGAGCUGUUUCUCCCCGAUGUUAAAGCAACGGCCGUCGCGUUAACUGUGAUGUCCAACUGGUUCUGCGUGUUUGUGGUGACAAAGUGUUUUGGCUCCAUGAUCGCCGCCUGGGGAUCGGAUAUGACGUUCUGGUUCUUCGCCGCCUGCAUGGCUAUUGCCACACUCUAUGUGGCCACUAUGGUACUGGAGACGAAAGGCAAGAGCUCUCAGCAAAUUCAAAUGUGGUUAAAUGGCAGCAUGUGAGGAACCGAGUGUUUACAGAAGCUAAAGCCACGUACUUGGACUCAUUAAUGUAAAUAGGGAGCAUAGAAUGUAAUGGCAAUGCGGAAGUGUUACGUAUACGCCACGUAUGUACAAGUAACUCAUACGCUAGUUUUGUGCAAUCUUUUAUCAAAUUGCUUGAUUUGACUCGAACGCUAAGUGAAUGUAUGUAUGUAAUUCAAUUAAUUAGUAAGUGCACAGCCAUUUGAAUAAUUGCCGAUCUUCAGCGGUAGAUAAGUUAAAAGUGGCAAUCGUGAAUUGCUUAUACAAACACAGGCAUACAAAUACACUCUUCUAGUUUAUCGUAGCUGUUGGAUUUUUUGUUGCCGUAGCCAAUUUCGCUUUUGUAGUAUUUCGAUAUGUUAAGUUGUAGCCAUAAAGAAAUGCGUAUAUUGAUAAUAAAUAGCUAAAUUGUAUGUAUGUAUAUAUAUAAAAAAAUAAUAAAUAUAACACAACACACACACA